AUGCCUCCACAGAUUGGCUCGUCUCUUGUCCGGUCAAUAUCUAACUUCAUGUUCACACAUUAUUACUUAGUGAUGACUUCUUUCAAAGGUCCUCCACCGCUUUCAUGGACUCUUAUUAUCCUCCUUUUCCUCAUUCAAAUCUCUCCCUCCCAUGGAAUUACAGAAUCUUGGCGUCAUCCAGUUCCCUUUUUCCUUCCUCCUGAUCCGAAUCGUCCAUGCAGACACGCAUUUAGAGAUGAUGUUGAAUCGAGUGCUCUUCUUGCAGAUUUUGUUGUCAUCGGACAACCAACUCCAACCUAUCGGCAUGGUCCGGGUGUACUUUACAACGCCAGUGUCCUUGUUGAACAGGUAUUAAAACGACCUAGCUUCUCGAUCUAUCCGGUGCGCGAGGGCUUUCCCAUUCUCACUGGACCAUUUUCCCAGUGGACAGAUUUGGGCCGAUGUUGGAUCAAUGUACACUCUGGCAGGAAGUAUAUUUUCUUCAUCGACCGACCCAACUGGGCUGGUUUUUUUCGCAUCUCACAUCUCCCCCUGGUCUAUACCCACCAACGUUGGAAGAAAAUGCGCACAAUUUUGAAGCACCCACCUUCAUCACUGCAAAUGCAUCCUCUGCACCAUCAGGAGAAUAUUCACGUGAAACAGGGCGAUGAAGUGGUGCUCUCGUGUGUGGUUACCGGUAGGCCAGCACCUCUCAUCUCCUGGUAUGUCAAUAACACCCAACCACUCGGCUUGUGGAAUGUCGCUACGGGUCGUGGUGUCACGCACAAAAAUAAACGAAAAUCGCGUCUUCACAUUUCCAAUAUGCAGCCGGCUGACUCGGGGAAUUACUCUUGCUUGGCGGAAAAUGUCAACGGCUAUAUUAAAAAGACAGUGGAGAUAUAUGUUAUUCCACAACAGCCUACAACGCCAAUACCCUUGACAACAAUGCCUCCUGUAACAGAUGCAGGCGUGGAUAUGUUGGUCAACGUUGUGAGCUGUAUCUCCCAAUACUAUGGACCAAGAUGUGAAUAUAUCGAGAAUUUAUCGGAAGAAACGAAAUCUAUUAAAGAUGGUUGCACUACUGGCUGUGAUAGUUUUCUUGGGCGUCUCGUAUUAUUUUCUACUCUCGGGGCUCUUUUGACUCUCCUAAUGCUUUUAGUUCUCUGCCUUUUUGUAAAAAGAAAGUUCCAUCCCAACCGUCCCAGAUAUUCCCCAAGAACCCCUGAAAUCAUGUCACCAACACCUAUUGAAAUGAGCAUUUACGACGCCGCUUCUGUUCAAGGUCCCGGGAGUGUUUCUCGCAUUUUCAGUCCUACAAGACAUCCAAAUUCUUACGUAGAGCCGCCACGAGCUUUAGAGUGGAUGCCAUCUUCUCAAAGCGUCAUAAAUAACUAUUCAUCAGCUUCUGACAGCACGUCCCAUCUUUUCUCUUCUGAUUUUCACCUUGCGCCAGACUGUUCACAACUUACUGACGGACAUCUACCUCAAACCCGAUCCCUCACUUUUCCUAGUUAG